AACCCUGUUACAGUCAACAGACAUGAUAUUUACUCUCUAGAAGCAAACUGCGGCUCUAUUGACCAGCAUCGUCAUGUAUGGAGCCGGCGCACGUGACGCUCUCUCCGUCCCAGCCCACCUGCGCGCGGUGAGCCGGCCAAAGAUGGCGGAAGUUCGCUGGUGUCUGACAGGCAGCGGAAACCAACGUAUUUGACGGCCGCAUUCACUCAUAAAUACACUGCUGGCACUGCGGACACAAUAAUAUAAUGAGUCCAGGCGGAAAGAGGUGAUAAACCAGAGAUUAAACCAUUUUGUCACUGUUCAUGUAGGCUGUGCUGAAUGUAGCACAGGGACGGUGACGUUAAGAUAUAUUUUCCCUGACGGAGUUUUCCUGGAGUAUUCGCCGGAGUCAGAUGUGUCACAGGUAAUUGUGAAUUCGUCUGUGUGCUGUCCCCCGUCCCUCUCUCCGGUGACAACAGUGAUGUCUUCUGUCCCUGUUUCGGCCUCUGACUGCUAUCUGCCGGGUUUAGACUCCCUGUCUGUCAGUUCACUCCCAUCAGAGGAGCUGGAGGAGGAGGAGGAGGCGGAGGGGGAGGGGGAAGAAGAGGUACUAGGGGACCUGGAAGUUAACCCCUACGAUGGGCUUCCCUUCUCCUCACGGUACUACACCCUGCUGGAGGAACGGCGCCGUCUGCCUGUCUGGAGUGUUAAGGACAGUCUGAUGGAGCUGCUGGAGAGCCACAGCAUAAUUGUUCUAUGUGGGAAGAGUGGGGCGGGCAAGAGCACGCAGGUGCCGCAGUGGUGUGUGGAAUAUGCCUUUUCUUUGAACUUUUCUUCUGGACUGGUGUGCUGUUCACAGCCCUAUGCUGCAGCAGCAAGCUGUCUAGCCCUGCAUGUGGCUGAUGAAAUGGACCUUAGUCUGGGCCUGGAGGUGGGAUACAGGGUUCCACAUGAUGAUGGCUGUACCUCCGACACCCUGCUGAGGUUUGUGACCGACAGCCUCCUACUGAGUGAGAUGAUGUCUGACCCGCUGCUGCGACAGUAUGGGCUGCUGGUGAUAGACGAGACCCAGGAGAGGACUGUGGCCAGCGAUGUGCUGCUGGGGCUGCUCCGGGAUGUGUGCCGACAGAGGGCUGAGCUCCGCGUGGUGGUGCUCACAUCCCCACUACUGGCACCCCGCAUGGCUACUUUCCUGGGCGAGGAGGUCCCUUUGCUCUCUGUGCCCGACCCCGCUGAACCUGCUGCUGUUGAUUUGCUAUACCGUGACCCCUCUGCAGGAAAAGAGCCUUCCAUGGCUGCCUGUCACAUGGUCCUUGAUCUUCAUCGUAGAGGAGAGGAAGGUGACAUCCUGGUCUUCCUUCCCAGUGCCCAGGAGAUUGGCAAGUGUGAGGCACUGUUAGAGAAGGAGUCUGUGGCUCUGAGCACCCAGCUGGGGAUCCUCAAAGUGCUACCACUCCACCGGGGCCUGGGAGCGGCCACUCAGCGUGUAUACGACACGGGGUCUGAAGUAAAGAGGGAGUUGGGGGGCCAAGGAGACUCAGGGAUCUCAAGGCGCAGGGUCAUCCUGACUGACAUCCUUGGAGAAGCUUCUUUCACCCUCAGCAAUAUCCGCUAUGUCAUCGACACAGGCCUUCAGCUCAAGACAGUCUACAACCCACAAGUCAGAGCACACUUCCAUGUACUACAACCAAUCAGUUGUGACCAGGCAGAUAUGCGUAGCCAUAGAGUCAAUAGCAGCUCUCCAGGAAUCUGUUUCCGGCUCUAUCCCCAGUCUCUGUACGAUGAGGUCAUGGUAAAAACUCGCAGCCCUGGUGUGGUGGAGGAGAACCUCAGCCACGUGGUGCUCCUGCUCAAAAGGCUGGACAUAGCUGACAUGGGCCAGUGCAAGUUCCUCGAUAGGCCUGCCCCAGAGUCCCUGAUGCAGGCCAUUGAGGAUCUGGAUUAUUUGGCAGCUUUGGAUGAUGACGGUAACCUGUCAGAAGUAGGAAUCAUCAUGUCAGAGCUGCCGCUGGAGCCUCCGCUAGCGAAAGCCCUCAUCGCAUCCUGCGAGUUUGACUGUGUCAGCGAGGUGCUCACCAUUGCAGCUAUGCUCUCUGCUCCUCCUUGCUUUGUAACACCACUCCCUCACAAUGAAGCAGCAGCCAUGACUCAUCGGCGCCUCCUGCUGCAUGCAGAAGGGGACCACUUCACUCUAAUCAAUGUCUUCAAUGCGUAUAUCCAGCACCAAGAGGAUGAUGGUUGGUGUGUUAAAAACUUCCUCAAUGCCCCCUCCUUACGACUAGCUGUGACCAUUCGAGCUCAGCUGCUUGACGUCAUGCAGCGAAUCGAGUUGCCCAUCUCAGCACCUGCCUUUGGUUGCCAAGAAAAUAUCAAUAACAUAAAGCGGGCACUUAUUUCCGGAUUUUUCCUCAAGGUGGCUUACGAUGUAGAUGACUCAGGUAACUACCUGCUUUUAACCCACCGCCAUGUGGCACAUCUGCACUCCUUCUCCUCGUACCUGUGCCGUCGUCCCUGUCCCAACCCACCCAGCUGGGUGUUGUACCAUGACUUCACCAUCUCCCAUGACAACUGCAUCUGCACCGUCUCCGAAAUUCAGCCACAAAUGUUAGUGGAGCUGGCCCCGCAGUACUAUCUGGGGAACCUACCCUCCAGUGAAGGGAAGGAGCAGCUCAUGGAGCUGAAGGGCAGCUUGCUGUCAGUGGUGGAGCAGGCAGGACAGGACAGUAAGGCAGAAGAGGAUGGGCCACAUGGCAGACCCCAUGGGACUGGGAACCAGUACAGCACAGAGCUGUGUGCACUGCAGUGACGCACUGUGCUUGUGACAUUGCAAACCAGGCAGCGAGAACUGUAACAUCCCCAGAGCCUCUUAUGCUGAUGUUUUGUACAAAUCCUCCCAUUUCCUACCAACAAAUCAACGAUGUACAAAAAAAUGCUAUUAAAAAUAACUUAAACACACAGGGGUAAUGUUGCAUAGCAUUUUAAAUUGUGCGAAAACUCCAGGCGGGAAUUUAUUCACCUCUAAUUGGACCUAUUUUGCCUUAACUGAUGUGAUUGAAGAUCAAUAAGAACAGUAAUUAAUGGCAGGCAGCCUUAGAUUUAACUGAAGAUUUUUUCAAGCCUUCAUCAGGAUAAAGAAAUGUUAAUAAUGGGGUCAUGGUAAUGUUAAUAAACAUUGUUAAUGAGCCUAAAUAAUUUACCUGCAAGCAAUAUUUUUAUGCCAAGUUUUGUAAGAAGAAAUAUUAGACUUGAACCUGGUUCUGUUUGCCGUCAUUGUGGGCAACACCGGAUUACUUGUGAACAAUAAUAAUAUAUCUUGUGGAAUAUUUGGAGCUGGUCUAUUUUAUUUUAUCAGACAGCAGAAGAACCAAUUUAUCAAAUUAGACUGCAGUGAUUAGAGUGAUUGUCAGUGUUAAUUCUCAGGGUUGGUUUUCUUCUAGCUGUGUUUUGUGGUUAUUUCAGUUUAAACCUAUUGUAUUUGUUUCAUUUUAAAAUGAUUUUUUUUUGUAAGUUCUUGCUCUAUACAAUGUUUUCACCAUGCAAUUUUGUAGUAAAUUAACCUAAAUUAAAAGUAAGACAAUUAUCUAUUUCAAAGGUAGUUUAUUUAGCCCUGGUUUGGUAUGUUGGAUCAGAAAAAAAGGUAAAAAAAUGUGAUGUUUUAGUUGAGUCCUUAGGCUGUAAAUAGACAGAUAGUGUUAAAUAAAUACAUUUAUCAAUGGCUACCUUAAACUCCUUAAAUUUCCAAAAUGCAGAGCACAUUUCGGGCUUCUGCCUGCCAUGUCUGCACACUCCUGUAUUCUGACAGUCCUGUUUAAUAGUUUGAAAACUGAAAAUACCAAAAGUCCUGUUGAAUAGUUAUUCAUAUCACCAGCUAAUUGCCAGUAGUUGUGUUUGAACGGGGAAAUCUGCAAACCAUGUUGCGGAUCAGCCCUCGGUCAUUCAUUUGCACCAAAUAACUAUAUUGACUUAUAAGGCACAACAGCCUGCAGAUUGAUAUUCGACCCAAGAUCAUAUAGUUUACAGAGAAAUAUGAACAGAGAAUAUAAUGAACAAUAAUGCUUCUCUGAAUGUCCUGCCUGGUAUGCUGUGUGCGGACUCUGGUGCUAGUUCAUCCAGAACUAGCCUGACUAGGGCAGAGCUAUUAAUGAUCUGGGGGAAAAUCCCUUUGACAGAAACCAUAACUCUAGUGGUUUUGAUCAGUGAUAACUACACAAAAAUAAGGGUGCAGAUUUGGGUAUGGACUGUAGGGACACGUCCUUAUCAAUAUUGUAGGAGUACCGAAUUGUCACAGCCAACAUUUUUAUCAAUUUUCAAACUUUUGUCACAACAAGAUUCCCAGAGUUGAAAUAAAAGCAAACGUUUCCUUCUGCAGACCUUUGUUUUGCAUCCCAAUAGUGUUUUAUGUCCUCAUGUCAUGUGUUUUAUGUCCUUUAUGACUCGCUCAGUGGCAUCUAACGUUCCCAGGGGGAAUGAGGGAUGGGGAAUAAUAACACUGAGAUCCACCCUAAUUUUCAGGUUCAUGACGGACACUUGGGACGUCCUUCAGUGGUCAGUUUUUUUUGUGAUGGCAGUCUGACAAUAAAUUACAGUAUAUAGCUAA